AUGCUCCUGCAGUAUAACCCAGUUUACAAGAAGGAACCGGUUCUUGUGCAUGACGGUAAGCCCCUGGCAGAAUCACUAGUGAUUCUUGAGUAUAUUGAUGAGACCUGGAAGCAAAAUCCUCUUCUUCCAGAUGAUCCCUAUGAAAAGGCCAAGGCACGAUUCUGGUCCAGCUAUGUUGAUGAAAAGAAGGCAGCACAAGACGCUCGAGAGAUUCUGAAGACACUUGAAGUGGAGGAAAUUGUGGGUAUAAAUCUGAUUGAUAAAGUUUUAAUGACAAAGCUUGAUUCUUGGUUUGAUGAUUUUCUUGAGGUUCCUGUUAUCAAAGAAUGCAUGCCGCCUCGUGAUAAACUGCUUAACCACAACAAGGCCUUCCACAGGAUCUUGACAUCUGCAUCCACUUGA